AUCCAAAUCUGCUUUCGCUUUGACUGAAACUGAUUGCCAUGUGCCCAUGCUGAUGCUGGUGAGAUACCCUCGGCAAAGAUAUCUGCAGGCCGCUCGCCGCCGGCGGCAUAGCCAGUCGAACUCUUGCCUGAGGUGAAACCCGAUGGAGGGGAGCAGCAGCGGCAAGCACUUCAUGCUCGUCCACGGCCUCGGCCACGGCGCGUGGUGCUGGUACAAGCUGGUGCCGAUGCUCCGGGCCGCGGGGCACCGGGUCACCGCGCUCGACAUGGCCGCGUCCGGCGCGCACCCGGCGCGCAUGGACGAGGUGCCGUCCUUCGAGGACUACUCGCGGCCGCUGCUCGACGCCGUGGCCGCGGCACCGGCCGGCGAGAGGCUGGUCCUGGUCGGGCACAGCCUCGGCGGGCUCAACAUCGCGCUCGCCAUGGAGAGGUUCCCGCGCAAGGUCGCCGCGGCCGUGUUCCUGGCCGCGUGCAUGCCGUGCGUCGGCAGGCACAUGGGCGUCACCACGGAGGAGAUCAUGAGACGGAUCAAGCCCGAUUUCUUCAUGGACAUGAAGAGGAUGGUUCUGAACACGAGCCAGGGCCCUCGACCUGCACUCGUGUUUGGCCCAAAAUUACUGGCAGCAAAACUGUACGAUCGAAGCUCAGCUGAGGAUCAGACGCUGGCUACGAUGCUGGUGAGACCGGGCUGCCAGUUCUUGGAUGACCCGACGAUGAAGGACGAGGCUAUGCUCACCGACGCCAACUACGGGUCGGUGAACAAGGUGUACGUGGUGGCCAUGGCUGACGCUUCAAACUCCGAGGAGAUGCAGCGCUGGAUGGUCGACCUGAGCCCCGGCACGGAGGCCGAAGAGAUCGCCGGAGCCGACCACAUGGCCAUGUGCUCCAAACCCAGGGAGCUCUGUGGUGUCCUGCUCCGGAUCGCCGACAAGUAUGAAUGAAUUGAUUGUCCACACCGUUGAGACUUGUACAACGUAAUAUCUUCCCAUGAAUUUCUCGUUCGCUGAGAGUUGAGUUCGUUGUCACCGUUUAAGAAAAACUUUGCUGUUUGUUCCUA